GGCCGCCUCAGGAAGCAGGGGAGACGCUCCACGGAAGGGCCAAGGCGCGGCUGGCUGCCGUGUGAGCCGAGCCUCUUAUGGGGGGCUGCAACAGUACCUGUCCAAAGAUCGCCUUGGUUCCCCCUGGUUUGACGAGCAGCACUGCCAGUCUGGUCGAUCGGCGCGUGCGUCAUGACGCGGCUCAGGGGAUAAAUGGGAAGACGCCGGCCAAGCGCGCAGCUGCGAGUCCAAAGCCGCAAGUGCCUCCAAAGCCAUUACACCUGCAGAACUCACCUUCGCCCAGUAAACACCAAAAUCCCGGGCUCAAAGCUUUAUCUAGUGCACAACCGAGGAUGGAGGAGAUUAAGCCUUCCUCCGCUCCUUGUGUCUCAAAAGAAAAGCCCAGUAAGGUAUCCGAUCUCAUCAGCCGCUUUGAAGGAGGCAGUGUGUUAUCAAAUUGUACUGAUUUGAAGAAAGAUUCCGCUGCGAACCCAAAUGCUCCCAGAACCCCCGCAAGGCACGGACUGACAGCCUCCCCGCCACAAAAGCUGCUCUCCCCGCCCCCGCCCCACCCACUAGGCAAUGGUGCCAGCCAGACUCAGGGCCCCCAGACUUGCGUGGCUAACGGUGUGAUGGCCGCAAAGGGUCAGACCUUGAGCGCCGAGGACAAAGCAGCCCUGCUGAGCGCCGAGGCGCCCACGCAGCCUUCCCAACCUUUGCUUGAUGCGCACAUGGUGAACGGAGAGGGAGACGCGGCGGCCCCUGGCCCUGCAUCACCUGCCGCCGCCGACGACUGUGAUGGGAUCGCUUCGGAGGCCGGCGGUGGCUCCCAGCUGCCCCUAGCAGGAGCGGUGGACUUGGAAGCCAAGGCACAGGAGAGGGACGAUGGAGAGAGCCCUCUAGACCCGGAGCAGCCGGACCAGCCGGCGGAGCUGAAGGAGACUAAUGAGCAAAAACUUCACAAAAUCGCCAAUGAACUGUUGCUCACAGAAAGAGCUUAUGUCAGCCGGCUGGACCUCUUAGAUCAGGUCUUUUAUUGCAAGCUCUUGGAAGAAGCAAACCAAGGCUCCUUUCCAGCAGAGAUGGUGAAUAAAAUCUUUUCUAACAUUUCCUCCAUCCAUGCCUUCCAUAGUAAGUUCCUGCUGCCAGAGCUGGAGAAACGAAUGCAGGAAUGGGAGACCACCCCUCGGAUCGGGGACAUUCUUCAGAAACUGGCACCGUUCCUCAAGAUGUAUGGAGAGUAUGUGAAGGGGUUUGACAACGCGAUGGAGUUGGUUAAAAACAUGACGGAGCGCGUGCCUCAGUUCAAAGCAGUGGUUGAAGAAAUUCAGAAGCAGAAGAUCUGCGGGAGCCUGACGCUGCAGCACCACAUGCUGGAGCCCGUGCAGCGGAUCCCCCGCUACGAGAUGCUGCUCAAAGACUACCUGAGGAAGCUGCCCGCUGGGUCCCCGGACUGGAACGACGCCAAAAAAUCACUUGAAAUUAUAUCUACAGCAGCAAGCCAUUCUAAUAGUGCAAUAAGAAAAAUGGAGAACCUAAAGAAACUCUUAGAGAUCUAUGAAAUGUUGGGAGAAGAAGAAGACAUUGUAAAUCCUUCGAAUGAACUCAUAAAAGAAGGGCAGAUCCUCAAACUGGCUGCUCGGAACACGUCGGCACAAGAACGCUACCUUUUCUUGUUCAACAACAUGCUGCUCUACUGCGUGCCCCGGUUCAGCCUGGUGGGCUCUAAAUUCACCGUUCGAACCAGAGUUGGCAUUGAUGGGAUGAAAAUCGUAGAGACGCACAAUGAAGAAUAUCCGCACACUUUCCAAGUGUCUGGGAAGGAGAGAACACUGGAACUGCAGGCCAGUUCUGAGCAAGACAAAGAAGAAUGGAUCAAGGCCCUGCAAGAGACUGUUGAUGCUUUUCAUCAAAGGCAUGAAACCUUCAGAAACGCAAUUGCAAAGGAUAACGACAUCCACUCCGAGGUUUCUACUGCUGAGCUGGGGAAGAGAGCCCCCAGGUGGAUCCGAGACAACGAGGUGACCAUGUGUAUGAAAUGUAAGGAGUCCUUCAACGCCCUGACCAGGAGAAGGCAUCACUGCAGGGCUUGUGGACAUGUGGUUUGUUGGAAGUGUUCCGACUACAAAGCUCAGCUCGAGUAUGAUGGUGGUAAAUGGAGCAAAGUCUGUAAAGACUGCUACCUAAUAAUCAGUGGAUUCGCAGACAGUGAAGAAAAGAAGAGGAGAGGAAUUUUAGAGAUCGAAUCUGCAGAAGUAUCUGGAAACAGCGUGGUGUGCAGCUUUCUUCAGUACAUGGAGAAGUCAAAACCCUGGCAGAAAGCUUGGUGUGUGAUCCCCAAGCAAGACCCUCUCGUGCUGUACAUGUACGGGGCCCCCCAGGACGUCCGAGCGCAGACCACCAUUCCCCUCCUGGGCUACAUCGUGGACGACCUGCCAAGGAGUGCAGACCUGCCACACAGCUUCAAACUGACCCAGUCCAAAUCUGUGCACAGUUUUGCUGCAGAUAGCGAGGAACUGAAACAGAAGUGGCUAAAAAUCAUCUUUUUAGCUGUCAAAGGUGAGACUCCAGAUGGUCCCAGUGAACACCUAGCCACCAUGGAUGAUCAUCCUGAACCCAAGAGAAAAUCAGACUGCUGAGCUCUGGACCAGCCACAGUGUGGGGGGUCUCAAGACUUACAGCCCAAGACAUUCCCAGCUCUCCUUCCUCAUCUCUUAGCACUUUAUGUUGGAAAUAGAGGCUCACAAAUGCAUCUCGGGGGACUAUUUUCCUAUGUUUAUGUACUCUUAGUGAAAUUAAUGUGCAGAGCCGUUCUCCUGAUAAAGUUUUGAAAUAAUGUGAAAAA